AUGACAAAUACAAAUUCUAAAAAUUUACUAAUUUUGGAGAAUGAUUUCAAUGAGAUUUUUGGUAAAAGACUAAUAAACGAUGAGGAAUUGAAUAGAAAUAAUGGAAACCAAUCCGAUGGUCAUAUAAACAAUAAUGACGCAAGCAAUGAAGAGUCUAUUAUUUUUAGGAAUUCAAUUCCCAAUUUAUCGUCUUCAACAUUUUCACCUACUUCAACGUCAUCAAACCUGACAAAUCUAAAUAACUUCAAAUUGCAGAAUUUUGAGAAUCAAAACUAUGAACAUGUAAUAAAACCAUCCACUAAAUUAAUCAUAAAAACUUCUUUGGCUAUCUUUGAUCAGUUGAAUAAAAAUUUGUUGUGUAUUGAAUUGUUCUUUCUGAGUUACAGCAAUUUGAAAAAAUUAUUGGUUCCAUUUUUGAAAGAACAAACUCAAUCAUUGAUUAUAAAUUUAAAAACCAUUGAAGGUUUAUUAAGUUGUGAAUUAAUUGUUGACAAAAUGCCUACGACUAAGAUACAAGAGAAGAAGGAUGAUGGGUCUGUUGAGGCUAGCAUUCAACUGAAAAGGAUUAAUUUAAUAAAUAAUUUAAUGGAAAUUGAACGAGUGACGAGUGGAUUUGAAAAAGAAUCAUUAAAAUUGAAAACCGCUUUUUUCACUUUUAACACAUCAUUAAUCCAAUACACAAGCUUAUUAUUAGGUAAAGCAAUAUUGAAAAGACACGUGGAUCAAGAACAGUGUGAAAUAAUCAAAAGAAGAGAAAUUUGUUAUCAAGCUUCUGAACAUGUUGUUAGUAUUCCAUUGACAGAAGAUAAUAAAAACAUUAUCGAUAACACUGGUAAUAACUACAAUCAUUUGAAUCAGAAUCAAAAUUCAAUGAAACUGUUUGGCAAAAUUCUAACUUACAUAUUGAUGAUAUUAAUGUUUUUGAUUGUCUUAGUUGGGUAUCGAUUAAUCAAACUUUUGGUUGGAAUUUGA